AUGGUAGUUCGAUUAGAGACACCGGUAAAUGUUACUUGCAAACAGGAUCCUGACUACCCCAUUCAUAGACGCUAAUUACUAUAGCACCUAUUGUCAUAGGAUCUUCUGACUGGGGGAGUUUUGUUAAGAGCCCCAACAUUUGCUCUAAACAUUAACACGCAUCGCUUGCGGUACUGUUUUGGAAACAUAAGAUGGUCCUCUGUACCUCAGCUGGUAGAGCACGGCGCUUGUAACGCCAAGGUAGUGCGUUUGAGCCCCGGGACCACCCAUACACAAACAAACAAAAAAUUAUGCACGCAUGACUUUAAGUCGCUUUGGAUAAAAGCAUCUACUAAAUGGCAUAUUAUUAUAUUAUAAGGAAUGUAUAUUUUAUAUCAGUGAGAAACAAUUUUCAAAAAACUAAAGGUAAAUUACUACACACCUUUAUUGGUUUAAGGUUAGUGUUCCCACACUGCCAUUAUCUCCAUGUUGCAGCGCUUGUUUAUGGAAGACAGACAGAAGACAUAGGCCACCACCUGUGCUAAUUAGCUAUCUAGCAUGCUCUGAAAACCUGUGUGUAAAUUAAUUGGGGAGGAACUGUAGUUCGUCAACUGCGGUCACAUGGCACACACAGUGUAUGAAUAUGUGCAAAACUGCUACAGUAAGUGUAGAUUUUUUUUAUUUAAGCUUAUUUCUCGCUGACAUGAAAGACAUGGCCCAUACGGGAAAAAUGCAGGCAAAGUGCAGUAGAACUACAGUUAUUCUGCAGUACACUGCAGUUAUUCUGCAAUUACUGCGUCCAAAAUGCCACAGUCGACUGCAGUUACUGCACUUUCAAAAUUAUAAUAUUUUUUGUAAGGGGGGGCAUAUCAGUGUAUGUUUCGAAAACCGUUUAGAAAGCAAUUAUUUACGUUUCUAAACGUUAAAACACAGCGUCGGAAUUGUAGUUCACAUGGAGCCAAAUGUGGCGAAUGUAAUUGCUGAAAACCCUACAUACUGAUGUAUUACAUCUUUGUAUUGAAUUAUGAUUGUUUUUUUCCCCCUUUCCAGCAAUCGAUUUUCUUUCGUUCACUACCCGUACAGUAGGUGGUGGCAUGCACCUUUAACGUUUGUUUGUGGACCGACAUAAUACCAGAGAAGAAGAAGACAUCGGUUACAAAAUGGGGGCUUGCAUGGCCUUGUGCUCUCUUGCUAGCUGUGUAAGUAGCACAACCAAAUCCUUUCAUGCUGCUGUUUCUGUGUUAGAGACUUCGCGGUUAGCUAGCAAUUGGUCAAUGGUGUUAGCAAGCUAGAACGUUUUAUCGCUAGCAGAAUCAGAAUCUGGGUUUACAGGAGACGUCCGAUAGCUAGCUCGACAUGUUUGCUUGCUGGCAUAAAUACGACGACAACUAGUCGUUAACUUCAGUUACCAUUACCCAGUAAUGUUUUGUUCGCCUUCAGUAGCCUAACUAACGUUAAAUGCCAAUUUAUGUUUGAUCCGAAAAUGUUGUCGGAGGCUCCAUGUGGAGGUUGUGACAUAAUCUCGGAGCCUCCGGAGGCCAAAUUGUCACUACCGUAUCGCGUUGCUCCUCCCAAAUGUUUUAAUAAUGUGAAGGGCUCUGUAUAGCUCCACAUUGACAUGAUUGGUUGACAGUAGGUGGGGGCGAGAGGUCCUGUAUGAACACACUCACUUCCUUGACAACUUCCUUCACAACAGUUAUACUCAACAGCUCAGCGCUGCUCCUUGAAGUGCAAGAAGUAUGAAUGCCCUGACUUCUGCAGAGGCCAUAAAAUAUCACAGUAAAUGCUGCACAACCUGCAGGUGUGUGCAUAAUUUUGCUUCAGGCUGUUUCUGCCGUAGGGCAGAGGGUAAACCACUAGGAGCAGAGCUCCCCUAUGGGGCGGAGCUCCACGAUAUAGAACAUGUAUUCCUGUGAACCUAACGUUACCUAGCCAACCAGAAGUAUCACCUGCCAACAAAGUGUUUAUUUAGUCAGACCAUUUGCGUUAUUGGAGAUAAGUAGUGUCAGACAACGAUGAACAGGGCCCAGAUUCACAAAACCUUCUUAAAUUUUUUUUAAAAAAACUUACAUUAUUUUCUUAACUAUAGACUUAUAAAGAAAGUUAAGCAAAGUUGCUAUUCCUCGAAAAGGUUAUUGAAAAAUGUAUUGCGCUAUUUCUUAUGUUUCUCCUUAAGCAAAAAAAUAGGAAGAAAUUAGAUUAUUGAAAAGAAAGUUCUUGGAAAUGUAAUUAUUUCAAAGAUAGCUAAACCCUUGUCUUAAACUCAGGGCAGUGAGAGAAUAAACUCAGGAAAGCAAUUGAACAUGAUUCAUUCACUCAUAAACGUAUUAUUUUAAACCCAAGAACAUGUUUUAGAACAGUAAUCUCAGUACAAAAUAUGCUAGCAUGAUUGCCAUUGCUAGCUAAAUCGGUUGCCUAGCAACAACAUCUUAAGAAGAUUAGUAAGAAGCUAUUUGAGAAGUUCGUAAGAAAAUCAUUAAAUCUUAAGAUAUUGUUGAGGAAUUGCACUUAAUGGAUAAUCCUGAAUGAAUCGUGAAUAAUGACAAGUGAGAAAGUUGGAGGCAUAAAUAUCAUACCCCCAAAAAACAUGCUAACCUCCCCUGUUAUUGGGAGUUGAGAGGUUAGCAUGUCUUGGGGUAUGAUCUUUGUGCCUCUAACUUUCUCACUUGUCAUUAUUCACGAUUCAUUCAGGAUUAUCUGUAAUCAUGGUAGCAUCCACAUUACUGUAGAAGUAAGACAUCAGCAUACAAUCUGUACAUAAAACAAGUGACUAACAGCGUUGUACAGAUGUAUUCGUUCUGGAACUCCACCAGGCUACUGUUCUCUGAUUCUCACUCCUUUCUCGCUUCUUUCUCCACUAGGCCUCCUGUCUGUGUGGCUCCGCUCCGUGUCUGCUAUGUGGCUGCUGUCCCUCCUCCAGAAACUCCACCGUCACCCGGCUGGUGUUCUCCUUCUUUCUACUCCUAGGGACCCUGGUGUCUGUCAUCAUGAUCCUCCCUGGCAUGGAGGCACAGCUCCAAAAAGUAAGACACUCCUGUCAGUGUGUCUGUGUGUUAGUGGUGCUGUUAGUUCAGCUGUUUGUUUACCCGCACCUGCCCGCAAUUACUAAUAACCCAUCCGCAACCGCCCAACUAUAUGUGAUAAACUGAAAAUCUGAGGCCCGUACCCGACCCUAACCCGCAAAUAUGGGUGCAGGAUUUUUUUGGCCUAAUUUAGAUAUGUUUCUGCUUAUAAUUUCCAACAUUUUGGUAGGCUAUUUGUAAGUCAACUUGUCUCAUUAGACCAGAAUAAUGUAAUAAAUUAUAGAAUGGACGCUUCAAUCUAGUUGACAUCGGUAAAGUUUGCUCUGUCAUCUCUGCUUCUUUCACGGAGCAAAGACAUUUAGGGACCGGGGCGAAAAUGCAAUAACAACAACAAAAGGGAAAGAUUUUCUGUGCAAAAUUUCCAAAUUACAUCAGUUUGAUCAGUUGUAAGGAAUCGAAAGCUGUGAAAACAACCCAGAAUGUUUCUGAUAAGAUUUCAGUUUGGCUUGUAUAUGUCACAAGUGUAGAGAGGAGUAGGCAGGAGGCAGUCGCAGGUUUAGAACUACUGAAUUUAUUACUGCACCAUAGCUUAAAGCGGGACGAAACCCACAGUACAAAAUAUAAAGUACUCAGGAAUUAGUAGGAGAGAUACCUCUCAGAAAAACAAGCAACAUAUACAAUGACCGACAAAGACAAAUAACAGAGGGAGUAUAUAUACAUUGAUAGAAUUGGCAGCAGCUAGAAGGCCGGCAACGCCUGAGCUGGACAGGAGGGGCAUCUAAAGCGUUGGCUGGUGUGACAGCCCCCCCAAGGCAGAAACGCAGCCCACUCCCCCGGCUGGUCCUGACAGUAACUACGAAGGUACCUACCCAGUUCCUGAUUUACCCUUUCCACCUGCCCAUUUGAUUGGGGAUGGUACCUGGAGGUGAGGCUGACAGUGAUCCUCAGUCGUUCCAUGAUGGCCUUCCAGACACGGGAGGUGAAUUGAGGACCACGGUCAGACACGAUGUCCUACGGGAUCCCGUAGUGCCGGAAGACGUGAGAGAAGAGAGCCUCCGCGGUCUGCAUGGCCGUAGGGAGACCAGGCAGAGGAAUCAAACGACAGGCUUUAUAAAACUGGUCCACAACGACAAGGACGGUGGUGUGCCCCUCCGAGGGGGGAAGGUCUGUGACAAAGUCCACAGAGAGAUGGGACCACGGUCGUUGUGGAACCGACAGCGGGUGUUGUUUGCCAUAGGGGAGGUGUCUCGGUGUCGUGCUCUCUGUGCGCAGGUGGAGCAGGAAGAGACGUAAACCCGGACACCCCGGGCCAAGGUGGGCCACCAGUACUUUGCGGAGAGACAGUCGAUACUACGGGCUAUACCCGGGUGCCCCGACACUGGUGCUGUGUGUGCCCAGGCAAGGAGACGGUCCCGCACAUCAGAGGGCAUGUAGAUACGCCCCUCGGGACUGUGACAGGUGAGGGCUCUUGUUGCAGGGCUCGACGGAUGUCCGCAUCCACAUUCCACACGACAGGGGCCUCAAUGAGGGACGGGAAUAAUGGGUGUCACCUAGACCACCUUUAGGUCCUGGUAUUCCUCCGGGAUAGGGACGUGGAUGGCCUGGUCCGGACUUUCCACGAAGGUGGCACAGAUUGACACAUAGAGACACCUCCUCUGACACUCCUGCGACCAACCCAACAACCUCCUCUCUGUCCACGAUAUACUGGGGUUAUGCAACUGUAGCCAGGGGAAACCUAAAACUACGGGGUGUGCAGGAGAGUCUAAGAUGAGGAAAGUGAUGCAUUCAUUGUGGUUGUGAUUAACUGUGAGGGAAAUGGGAAUCGUGGUCUGGCGCACCAGUCCUGUUUCUAGGGGAUGGUUGUCUAUGGCAUGGACUGGGAUAGGGGGUUGUAAAGGGACUAGAGGAAUGCGUAAUGAUAAGGCCACUGACUGGUCUAGGAAAUUGCCUGCAGCACCUGAGUCCACUAGGGCAGGACUCAGUGGGGGACCAGGAUAGUCAGGGAAGGUGACAGGGAGGAGGACGGGCUGGGUGGACAGAGAGGAGAAAGGCAUGUCCACGCCUACCUGGGAAGGUGCAGGAGCGCUUCUCAGUUCUCCUUCUGGGACAGGUGUUCCAUGGGUGGUCUGACUCCCCACAAUAGGAGCAGAGACCCUGUUGACGGCGCAGGGGAAGGUGCGUCGUGCCCACCUCCAUGGGCUCAGUCUCGCUGGAGGUUCCUGGGAGAGAACCGAACCCCCGGGAUGGGCGAUGACGGGCACGCAGGAGAUUAUCCAGGCGGAUGGCCAUGGCGAUGAGCUGGUCCAGCGUGAGGUCCUCAUCGCGACAGGCCAGCUCGGUCUGGACGUCCGCCUGUAGCCCGCUGUGGAAAACCGUCAACAGGGCCUGGUCGUUCUAGCCAGUGGAUGCAGCAACCAUCCGGAAAUCCAGAGCGUACUACGACGCUGUCCUGGACCCCUGGCGUAGACUGAGGAGACGCUCACCUCCCUCUCGGCCCUCUGUUGGGUGGUUGAAGACGGCACGGAAGAGUUGGGCGAAGGGCUCAUAGGACUGUACUUCUGGACCGUCCCUCUCCCAGACAGCGUGCGCCCACUCCAGAGCCCGGUCUGUCAGCCCCGAGAUCACCAAGGCCACCUUGUCCCUCUCGGAGGCCGUCCCGGCAUGACGGGCAAGGUGGAGGUCACUGCAGGAGAAACCCCCUACAGUGAGCUGGGGUGCCGUCAAACCGCUCCGGGAGUGGCAGGUGGACGUUGCUGAUCGGACCAGGUGAUGUAGAUGGUGGUGGGGUGGCUGGAACGACCGCGGGGAGCUGGGAAGGUGGUGGUGUAGCCUGAAGUUGGCGUACGACCCGAAGCACCUCAUCCAUGGUAGUCCUGAGGCGCUAAAGGCACGAGUCGUGGUGGCGGCGCUUCACUCCUACAGUGGAGAGGUCGGGAUGUUCUGCUGCUUCUUGUUUUCUUGGGUCGGUCAUUCUGUCACAAGUGUAGAGAGGAGUAGAAAGGAGGCAGUCGCAGGUUUAGAACUACUGAAUUUAUUAAAGCACCAUAGUUUAAAGCGGGACGAAACCCACAGUGCAAAAUAUAAAGUACUCAGGAAUUAGUAGGAGAGAUACCGCUCAGGAAAACAAGCAACAUAUACAAUGACAUUGUAGAAUAAUAGUGAAGACAUCAAAACUAUAAAAUACACAUAUGGAAUCAUGUAGUAACCAAAAAAGUGUUAAACAAAUCAAAAUGAUCAGACCUCAGGAUAAGACCCAGAUACAGACAAUUCGAAAUAACAAAAGUUUAUUUACAAAACAGGGGGCAGGCAAACGGUCAGUAAUCCAGGGCAGUGUCAAGAGGUACAGACCGACAGGCAGGCUCAGGGUCAGGCAGGGUUAGAUUCCGUCUCUCACAGUUGAAGUGUACCUAUGAUAAAAAUUACAGACCUCUACAUGCUUUGUAAGUAGGAAAACCUGCAAAAUCGGCAGUGUAUCAAAUACUUGUUCUCCCCACUUUAGGUAGCUCAAGGGCUCUGGCUAUUAGCCAGGUAGCUAGCUAUAACUAGCUGGCUAGAAGGAUGAAGUUAGAAGCUAGUGUUCAGCCUGACAGCAGGAGCAGUUGACUGAAAUUAAGCUAGCUAUAAUGAAAAGAUGGGCUACUAAAAUUUCUCAUAACAAAAUACCUUUUAUUUACAGAGAGUAGUGAGACAGACAGUGGUGAGUCAGGCUGCAAUGAAGGAGGCAAAUGAGAUACAAAGAAAGAGGAAGCAUUGAAGCAAGCAGGGAGAGAGGUUAGUAGUACAGUGGUUCCCAAACUUGGGGUCCGGGACCCAUGUGGGGUACCUUAAAAUGUAAAUUGGGUCCCCUGAGAGAAUCUUUAAUCUUAAUAAACACAUUAAUAACAUUUUAGAGUCAACUAAGGACCUUUUACACUGUCAGAAUUCACUUUUAUAUCAUUGUGUUGGGACAGCCUGUGAUACCAAACAUUUUGUGAAACAUAAAGACAAUUUAAAUAUGAAAACAAUUUAAUAUUAUCAUGUACACUGAACAAAAAUAUAAAUGCAAAAUGCAACAUUUUCAAAGAUUUUACUGAGUUACAGUUCAUAUAAGGAAAUCAGUCAACAUCAUCACUACUGACUUAGUAAAUAAGUAGUGAAACACGUAUUACUGAGUAGAACUUGUGAUGAAUAGUAAGGUAGUUCGUUUUUUUCAUGAGGUUGUGGCGAUAUACUGCGAUCUUGUGGCAACUAGAAACAAUUACAUAAUAGGAACUAUUACAAAUUGAUGGUCCUUGAAAAUAAAUAUUAGUGCUUGAAAAAGUACUUGAAAGUCCUUGAAUUUGACUUUUACGAACCCUGAAAUUAAAAUAAACAAUGUACCACAUUGCUUCUUACUAGUAAUACAUUUGUUUUAGAAACAUUACAAAGCAUGCUCAUCGGUUUUCAUGUUGAUGUAAUUUUAGUGCACAUUUGUAAUUUGGGCUGGUAAAAAAAAUCUUGAGUGGCUAGUAGAUUUUUAAAUCUACCUGCCACAGUGGCUGGUGGACCAAAAAGUUAAUUUUAUGACCUGACCGCCACCCACCCGCCCUUCAUCCACACAACAUUUCAUGACCCUACACCCGCCCGCCCCGCGUAUAUAACCGUGGGGACUGCGGGUUAUGAGUCAACCCGUGUAUCACUAGUGUGUGUGGUGUAAGUAUUUGUCGGACAAUGUCAACGUGUGACGUAAGAGCGUAACACCUGAAUGCAUUUCCUAGGAGUAAAACAAAAAAUAGUUAUAGCACUUUCUGUGACGAUGUCUUUUUAGAAACGCUACUCAAAAUGAAAUUGAAAUGCCCUUUUUAUCCUUUCCCCCUCUAGAUCCCAGGCUUCUGUCAGGGUGGGAGUACCAUACCAGGCAUGGAGAACCAGUUUAACUGUGAUGUCAUUGUGGGCUACAAGUCCGUGUACCGCAUGUGCUUCGCCAUGACCUGCUUCUUCUUCCUCUUCUCAGCCAUCAUGGUCCGCGUCCAGAACAGCAAAGACCCGCGUGCAGCCAUUCAGAAUGGGUGAGCUCCAAUUAAGAUUAAGAUCACUUUAUUAAUCAAUUGUACACAAGGUCCAACCAAAAUGUGACCUCUGCUUUUUCCCAGCCCCCCCCCCGAAAGACACACAUACAUAUACAGGUUGGAGUGGGGGGCUGCAACACUGGGCGCCUGUGGAGCAGGUGUUGUGGGGGCUUAAGCGCCUUGCUUAAGGGCACAACGGCAGGCAAUUUGAGGAUUUGAUACCAGCGGUUGCUGGCUCACCUUUAACCGCUAGGCUACCUGCCGCCCCACCACUUCACCGUUUGCAUUUCCAGCCGGCGAAACGGUUUGAAGUGACACAAUGACAAUCAGAAACCGGUCUAUGUCAUUUCAACCCAUUUUGGGUUAGUACUGUAAUACUGUAAUAAUAGUACUGUAAUAAGUUGUGUACAAAUCAUGUAUAAGACCUUUUUGUAACUUUCAGGCUCAAGUUCACUGGCUUCUCUUAGAGAAGACUCAUGAAAAUACUCUGUUUUUGUGACGUACUAUGCUUUUGUGUCACAGUCUAUGUGAAACCUGUGUUUUCUUCCCAGUUUCUGGUUCUUUAAGUUUCUGAUCCUGGUUGGCAUCACUGUGGGAGCCUUCUUCAUCCCGGAUGGAACCUUCCAUACUGGUACUUUGAUGAUCACAGUUAAACUUUAAAUGACUGUCAAGUGACUUCUGACAGUACUGGCUUAAUCAUUGGCAAAUGACUAGCAAACAGGAACAUUGUUAUGUUCAGGGUACAGUGCAUCGGUGAAAAACAUUUUCCCUCUGAAAGAUCCUCAACCUUGAGCGAUUGAGUUAUUACAUGUAAAGUAUGCUGUUUAUGCUCUUGUGAACAAAAGGAAUCAGACAAAUGAACAAAAUUGCAUUUCAGGGCUCACCAAACCUGAUAUUUAUCUUAUAGCCACGGGGGGCCAGUAUGAAAAAUGUAUGCACUCACUUGAUGUCAAUCACCAUGUCUGUCCAUCCCAUGCUAUGGGAUCCAGGAAGUGGGUUGUAUUUAUUUGUUUAUUGAUCCGUCUCUUACCUCCCCCGACAGUGUGGUUUUACUUUGGCGUGGUUGGCUCCUUCAUCUUCAUCGUCAUCCAGCUCAUCCUUCUCAUCGACUUUGCCCACUCUUGGAACAAGUUAUGGGUGGGGAAUGCCGAAGAGGGCAACUCAAAGUGCUGGUUUGCAGGUACAGUUACAGUACUUUCUCCAGAGGACAUAGUACCUUAAUGCUGCUCAAGAAGUUAUACUACCAUGACUGUGUUUAUUCUUCUAGAGCAGCAGGGUUCUUCCUGCUCCUGGAGGCCCACAGGGUGUGCAUGCAUUUGUUCCAGCCAUAUACUAAUACCUGAUUUAACUAGCCAAUCAACUAAUCAUCAACCCUUGAUACGUUGAAUGUGGUGUUAGUAGUAAUGGACUGGAACAAAAGCCUGCACCCCUUGUGGCUGUCCAGGAACAGGAUUGAAGAACACUGUCCUAGAGAGAACAUAGAACCAGUAUAUGCAUCUGAAGAGUAUGGGGUUUUUCGUCAUACAUGACUGUUUUUACCGACCCUCUCCAUGUUGCCCCUCUCUCCCUCAGGACUGUUGUCAUUCACCUUCCUCCACUACGCACUGGCCUUCACCUCAGUGGUGCUGUUCUACAUCUACUACACCCAGCCUGACGACUGCACCGAGCACAAGGUCUUCAUCAGCCUCAACCUCAUCUUCAGCGUCAUCAUCUCCAUCGUCUCCAUCCUGCCCAAAGUACAGGUAUUGUGGCUGUUUCAUUGCCCUCCUUCUCAAAUGAAAGAACAGUUUUAGCAAAUAUAUCAGUAAUAAUUGAUGCAAUGUUUGGUAAGGGAAUGCUUUUAUUAGUCUGUUUUUGUUGAUAACGGUGUUGACAAUUGUAUGCAUUGCAUGGUGAUGAAUUUGUUCCACUACGUACAUGUGUUUACCAGUGCCUAUGUUUUUGUGUGUCACAGGAAGCCCAGCCCCAGUCUGGUCUGCUCCAGGCCUCUCUCAUCUCCCUCUACACCAUGUAUGUCACCUGGUCCGCCAUGACCAACAACCCAAGUGAGUCUCAGCCUCUUUCCCAUUCCAGUUUCAACAGAGUGUCUGCCAUUGUUGUCAUUGUAUACAGUCAUUUUGACUUUCUCCCUCCAGUUUAUCUUUGCUUUCCAAACCACUGCAGCACUAUGAGUGUUACCUACUGGUGAGUUUGGCAGACUUUGGUAGUUCACUCACCUUUCCCAAACCUGUUACAUUUACUAGGGCCUGGAGUUGUUUUCUGGUUAAGUCACAUGGUCAGGAAAAACUCCUGGUCCUACUUAUGUUCCAUGCUUGUACUUGUGCUUGUAGUGGGUCAGUAGAAAAGCUCAGACAGGUGUUGGAGUGUCUCUAUAAGUGUAAUUAAGAGACACAUCUGUUGUGAUGGUAGGUUUAGAGCCCUGGCUGUUGCCUUCCUCAAGACUGCAGGUCGCUUUAUGUGUUUUCUUUUUCUUCCGCAUAGCUAUCCUACAUUCUAUGGCUGAUUUGCUGUGUGUGUCUCUCUCAGAUCGUAAGUGUAACCCCAGCCUGCUGAGUCUGGUGUCAAAUGUCAGCUCCAGUGAGCCCACACCCACCAAUGCCCCAGGACAGGUGCAGUGGUGGGACGCCCAGAGCAUCGUGGGUUUGGUCAUCUUCCUCUUCUGCACUCUCUAUGCCAGGUAGCUAGCUACUCCAAUUUGGAUCCAUAUCAUGGCUGCUUAUUGAAUUGUUUGUUAUGCUAUGAUCUUGAGGGAUUUCCCAUGCUGAUUCCUGGUCUCUCUCUAUUUGUCUAUCUCUUUUUCUCUCCACACCUCUCUCUCCCCUUCUCUCUUCUUUCUCCCUUUCUCUAUGUCUGUCUCAUUCACUUUUUCCAUUCUCUUUCCCGCGUUCCCACACCUUUUUAGCUUUGCUUUUCCUUAGGGUGCUUUUUAGUCAUUCCGUUUUUAUUGUUAUUCUUUUGUUUUUUUAUCCUCUUAUGUUUGUUGUGUAGUAAAUAUUUCAGUUUUUGUUUUUAUUUGUUUUUUCGUGUGAAGCACAUUGUGUUGCAUUCCAUGUCUGAAAUGUGCUGUAUAAAUAAAGCUUGAUUUGACUUGACUCCCUCCCUCAGUAUCCGUUCGUCCAGCAACACCCAGGUGAACAAGCUGAUGCAGACCGAGGAGGGCGGGGGUUACGGAGGAGAGGGCGAGGUAGGGGAGGACGGUGUGCGGCGGGCCGUGGAUAAUGAGGAGGAGGGGGUCACCUACAGCUACUCUUUCUUCCACUUCCACCUCUGCUUGGCCUCCCUCUACAUCAUGAUGACACUCACCAACUGGUACCAGUAAGUACAGCAACAGCUGACCUGCAGAGCCACAGCUCUUUAGAAAUGUUAGAACAUUUUACAAUAUUUCUAGGAGUCCUAUUGGGUAGGUUGUGUAUGUAUUCCUUGUCAGUUUGAAAGCCAUGGGAUCAGGAGGGAUAUUUAUUUGGGUGAAUCUCAAUAGCCUUUGUGUGAAAGCAUUAAUCCAGCGUAUUACUCAGUCAGUCUAAAUUAAGGGGAUGAGACGAGGAUAGAAAGCCACUAUAAAGAUACACUCUUUAAACUGACACCUUCUCCCUUCCUUCCUCAGGCCUGACACCACCACCCAGGCCAUGCAGAGCAGUAUGCCAGCUGUGUGGGUGAAGAUCAGCUCCAGUUGGCUGGGCCUGGGCCUCUACCUCUGGACUCUGCUCGCCCCUCUCAUGUUUCCCGACCGAGACUUCAGCUGA